AUGGAGCACCUGGGUCCGCACCAUCUCCACCCGGGCCACGCGGAGCCCAUCAGCUUUGGCAUCGACCAGAUCCUCAACAGCCCGGACCAGGGCAGCUGCAUGGGGCCCUCCUCUCGCCUCCAGGACGGAGAAUACGGCCUUGGCUGUUUGGUUGGAGGCGCUUACCCUUACGGCGGCGGGGGCCCCGCGGCCGGGGCGGGGGCCGGGGGCGCGGGGGCCUAUGGCGCUGGAGGCCCGAGCGGCCCCGGUGGCCCGGCGGGCGGCGGCGGCGGCGGCGCCUGCAGCAUGGGCCCGCUGGCCGGCUCCUACAACGUGAACAUGGCCUUGGCGGGCGGCCCCGGUCCCAACGGCGGCGGCGGCGGCGGCGGCGGCGGCGGCGGCGGCGGCGGCGGCGGCGGGGCGGGGGCGCUGAGCGCUGCGGGGGUGAUACGAGUGCCCGCGCACAGGCCGCUAGCUGGAGCGGUGGCCCACCCUCAACCUCUGGCUACCGGUUUGCCCACCGUGCCCUCCGUGCCUGCCGUGCCGGGCGUCAACAACCUCACCGGCCUCACCUUUCCCUGGAUGGAGAGUAACCGCAGAUACACAAAGGACAGGUUCACAGGUCACCCCUAUCAGAAUCGGACGCCCCCCAAGAAGAAGAAGCCGCGCACGUCCUUCACGCGCCUGCAAAUCUGCGAGCUAGAGAAGCGCUUCCACCGCCAGAAGUACCUGGCCUCGGCCGAGCGCGCCGCCCUGGCCAAGGCGCUCAAAAUGACCGACGCGCAAGUCAAAACCUGGUUCCAGAACCGGCGGACAAAGUGGAGGCGGCAGACCGCGGAGGAGCGUGAGGCCGAGAGGCAGCAGGCGAACCGCAUCCUCCUGCAGCUGCAGCAAGAGGCCUUCCAGAAGAGCCUGGCGCAGCCGCUGCCCGCCGACCCGCUCUGCGUGCACAACUCCUCGCUCUUCGCCCUGCAGAACCUGCAGCCGUGGUCUGACGACUCGACCAAGAUCACCAGCGUCACGUCCGUGGCGUCGGCCUGUGAGUGA